GUAGCUCCCAUGGGAAGCCCAUUUCCACUUUCAAAGUUUGGCGAUUCCAGCUACAAGUCAAACUUGGCAAGCUAGUCAUCCUGCAGCCACUUAAAAAACAAAAAAAUCAAAAGCACUAGUGAAUCAAGGUUCAAAACCUUUUUGUCCUGUUUCACACAGUCUCCAAAUAUGAAGUGGAAGACUUUGUGAAGUUUGAUUACAAGCUUCAUCAUUGAAAAUCUUGUUUUGCAUUUUUUUUCCUUUUAGGACAUUUCUAUUUUGGCUAAAAAACUUUUCUUCUUACUGUUUCCAGAUCACUCUAUUUUUGGGUUGGUUCCUCUUGGCCUUUCUUGGGGUAGUUAGCUGAAGUUCCUGUUUUGCUUUUCUCAAUCAGUCAGUCUUUGGUCUGUUUCUUGGGUGACUGAGUUGGGAAUUGGGCAACUUUCUGAGAUUUGUUCUCAUCCCACCACCAGCCAGCUGGGCUCUGGUUCAAGAAGUUGCUAGGCAGUGGCAGGCACUAAAGCAUCUUGGUCAAAAACUGGUUGUUGGGUUCGUGGGUGGAUUGAUCAGUUGUUCAAUAGAGUGGGAGUCAUUUUCUGUGUUUGCACAAUUUACGUGGUAAGUGUUAGCUGCAGAAAAUGGGUGGUGGUAGAAGAAAGAAGCAGCAUUUUGGCAGAAUCCAUGCCUUCUCCUGUGGGAAAGCAUCAUUCAAUGGCGAGCAUUCACGGAUUGGAGGUCCUGGCUUCUCACGGGUAGUUUACUGCAACGACCCUGACUGCUUGGAGGCCACUGCUCACAGUUAUGAAGGCAAUUAUGUUAGAACCACUAAGUACAGACUUGCUACAUUCUUACCAAAAGCACUGUUUGAGCAAUUCAGAAGGGUUGCCAAUAUAUAUUUCCUCAUCUGUGCAAUAUUGUCUUUUACACCACUUUCUCCUUACUCUGCUGUCAGCAACGUCGUCCCUCUCGUCGUUGUGAUCGGAGUUACAAUGGGGAAAGAGGCUGUUGAAGAUUGGAGGCGCAAAAGACAGGAUAUUGAAAUGAACAACAGGAAAGUUAGGGUGCAUCAUGGUGAUGGAGUUUUUGAGUAUACUAAGUGGAGGGAUUUGAAAGUUGGGGAUAUAGUGAAGGUGGAAAAGGACGAAUAUUUUCCUGCUGAUCUUAUCUUACUUUCAUCAAGCUAUGAUGAGGCACUUUGCUAUGUAGAGACCACCAAUCUUGAUGGGGAAACUAAUUUGAAAUUAAAACAAGCACUGGAAGCAACUUCUAAUCUGCAUGAAGACUCGAGCUUCGAUAAUUUCAAGGGUGUAAUCCGAUGUGAAGACCCAAAUGCAAACUUGUACUCAUUUGUAGGCAGUCUGGAGAUUGAAGAGCAACCGUACCCUCUUACGCCUCAGCAGCUUCUGCUUAGGGACUCCAAGCUACGAAACACAGAUUUUGUGUAUGGGGUGGUAAUCUUCACAGGUCAUGACACAAAAGUUAUGCAAAACUCAACAGCUCCACCUUCCAAGAGAAGCAAAGUUGAGAGGAGGAUGGAUAAGAUCAUCUACUUCUUGUUUUUCCUCUUAGUUUUGAUGUCAUUUGUUGGGGCUACUGUCUUUGGGGUUACAACUAGGAAAGACCUCGAAAAUGGAAGAAUGAUAAGAUGGUACCUCAGACCAGAUGACACCACAGUUUACUAUGAUCCGACGAGGGCACCAGUUGCAGCAAUUUUGCAAUUUUUAACAGCCAUUAUGUUGUAUAGUUAUUUGAUUCCCAUAUCCUUGUAUGUAUCAAUAGAAAUUGUCAAAGUUCUUCAGUGCACUUUCAUAAACCAGGAUCUGCACAUGUACUAUGAGGAAACUGACCAGCCAGCCCUAGCCCGUACUUCGAACUUGAAUGAAGAACUUGGCCAAGUUGAUACUAUACUUUCAGAUAAGACGGGAACAUUGACUUGCAACUCAAUGGAAUUUAUCAAGUGUUCCAUUGCUGGGACUGCUUUUGGGCGUGGAGUUACAGAAGUUGAGAGAGCUUUAGCCGGGAGAAAAGGCUCAUCUAAGUCAUCUUUAGCUGAAGAGGUGACAGAAGAAGAGAGUCAUGUUGAAGACUUGACUGAAGCCAAGUCAUUGAUAAAGGGCUUUAAUUUUAGGGAUGAAAGGAUCAUGAAUGGCCAUUGGGUUAAUGAGCCUCGUGCAGACAUAAUCCAGAAGUUUCUACAGUUACUAGCUAUCUGUCAUACUGCAAUACCUGAUAUUGAUGAAGAAACCGGAAGAGUAUCAUAUGAAGCUGAAUCACCAGAUGAGGCAGCUUUUGUGAUUGCAGCAAGAGAGCUGGGGUUUGAAUUUUAUAAAAGGACUCAAACAAGCAUCUCGGUGCAUGAGUUGGAUCCCAUUUAUGGAAGGCAGGUUGAAAGAGCUUAUAAGCUUUUGAGCAUACUGGAAUUCAGUAGUUCUAGAAAGCGGAUGUCUGUGAUCAUAAGAACUGAAGAAGGAAAGAUACUACUGCUUUGUAAAGGUGCUGACAGUGUCAUGUUCGAAAGACUUGCAAAGAAUGGGAGUGAGUUCGAAGAGAAGACUAAGGAACACAUUAACGAGUAUGCUGAUGCUGGUUUGAGGACUUUGGUACUUGCAUAUCGUGAACUGGAUGAAGAAGAAUAUGUUGAAUUCAACAAAGAAUUUACUGAGGCCAAAAAUUUGGUUAGUUCAGACCGGGAGGAAAUUGUCGAGCAAGUUUCAGAGAAGAUAGAGAGGGAUUUGAUUCUUCUUGGUGCUACUGCAGUUGAAGACAAACUUCAAAAUGGGGUUCCUGAAUGCAUUGACAAGCUUGCUCAGGCUGGAAUUAAGAUAUGGGUUUUGACUGGAGAUAAAAUGGAGACGGCAAUUAAUAUUGGAUAUGCAUGCAGUUUGCUUAGACAAGGAAUGAAACAAAUAGUAAUAAGCUCAGAGACUCCAGAAGUUAAAGCAUUAGAGAAGGUGGACGAUAAGUCCAUGGUUGCCAAGGCAUUGAAGGAAAGUGUUGUCCAUCAAAUAAAUGAGGGAAAGGCUUUGCUCACUUCACCAGAUGAGAACUCUGAGGCAUUGGCUUUGAUUAUUGAUGGGAAUUCACUCGCUUAUGCCUUAGAAAAAGAUGUCAAGGACCUCUUUAUAGAGCUUGCCAUCAGUUGCGCAUCUGUUAUAUGCUGUCGUUCAUCUCCCAAACAGAAAGCACUUGUUACAAGACUGGUAAAAGAGAGAAAUGGCAGCACAACUCUGGCAAUUGGUGAUGGGGCAAAUGAUGUUGGAAUGCUUCAAGAGGCAGAUAUUGGAGUUGGUAUCAGCGGUGUUGAAGGAAUGCAGGCGGUCAUGUCAAGUGAUGUUGCAAUUGCACAGUUCUGUUUUUUGGAGCGCCUGUUACUUGUACAUGGACAUUGGUGUUACAGAAGAAUCUCAUCAAUGAUAUGCUAUUUCUUCUACAAGAACAUUGCUUUUGGCUUUACUAUUUUCUUCUUUGAGAUUUAUGCUUCAUUCUCGGGACAAACUGCAUACAAUGAUUGGUAUCUGUCACUAUAUAAUGUCUUCUUCACAUCACUUCCGGUAAUUGCCUUGGGAGUGUUUGAUCAAGAUGUCUCAGCCAAGUUCUGUCUCAAGUUCCCUCUAUUGUACCAAGAAGGUGCACAAAAUGUCUUAUUUAGCUGGCUCCGGAUACUUGGAUGGGCAAUGAAUGGGGUAGUGACUGCUACCAUAAUCUUCUUCUUCUGCCUUGUGGCAAUGGGUAGUCAAGCUUUUCGUAAAGGUGGGCAAGUUAUUGGCUUCGAAAUCUUUGGGGCCACGAUGUACUCAUGCGUUGUAUGGGUCGUGAACUGUCAAAUGGCACUAUCCAUCAAUUACUUCACAUAUAUUCAACAUCUCUUCAUCUGGGGUGGCAUUGUGUUCUGGUAUAUUUUCCAGUUGGCAUAUGGAGCCUUGGACCCUGACAUAUCAACCACUGCCUAUAAGGUUUUCAUUGAAGCCUGUGCACCAGCUCCAUUUUAUUGGCUUCUCACUCUAUUUGUUUUGGUCUCUUCCCUCCUACCAUAUUUCACUUAUGCAGCCAUCCAAAUGAGGUUUUUCCCCAUGUAUCAUCAGAUGAUACAGUGGAUAAGAACAGACGGGCAAUCAGAUGACCCUGAGUUCUGUCAUAUGGUGCGCCAGAGAUCCAUAAGACCCACAACAGUAGGUUACACAGCCCGCAUUGAAGCGACAUCUAAACGCUUUGAAGAGAAGCUCGAGGGCCUUUAAUUUUUCACAUUCUCAUCAUAAGAUAAUGUACAUUAUUUCCAAAGAGGAGUUUUUUCUCUUUUACAUAUUGAUUUAAGAGUGUCUUGUAGUUGUGCUCCAUGACAAGCAAAUGUGUCCCAGGAAUUAAGGUUUGUCCCUCCAAGUUUUUGCUUAGGAUAUUUCUAUGUCUAUAAGCUCCAAAACUGUUGCUUUGAAUUUUGGAGUUCAUGUAGAGAAUAGUCUGGUCAACCUAUUGUAUCAUGUAUGAUGUAUCAGAUGUACCAUAACUCACAAUAAGAAUUUUUUAAUAUUUUUUUA